AUAGGGCAACCGUAGCAGCAAUAUGGAGGCGCUCGAUCUCUGCCGUUGCCACUGAGUCCCCCUCAUUCCCUUCUCUUCCAUUUUCGCCUCUCUCUCUCUCUCUCUCUCUCUCUCGCUCUCUCUCACAGUUUAGGAUGACUGAACCAUCAAAAGUUAUUCACGUCCGAAAUGUUGGCCAUGAAAUAUCCGAGAAUGAUUUGCUUCAGUUAUUCCAGCCAUUUGGUGUCAUAACUAAGCUUGUGAUGCUUCGUGCUAAAAAUCAGGCUCUUAUCCAGAUGCAAGAUGUUCCCUCAGCAGUUAGUGCUUUACAGUUCUUUGCGAAUGUUCAACCGAGCAUUAGGGGGAGGAAUGUUUAUGUCCAGUUUUCAUCGCAUCAAGAGCUAACUACAGCAGAUCAAAAUGCUCAAGGACGAGGAGAUGAGCAGCCAAAUCGAAUACUCUUAGUCACAAUCCAUCACAUGCUAUAUCCCAUUACAGUGGAAGUGCUGCAUCAAGUGUUUUUCCCACAUGGAUUUGUGGAGAAGAUCGUGACAUUUCAGAAGUCAGCUGGUUUUCAGGCCCUUAUUCAGUAUCAAUCUCGCCAGUGUGCUGUUUCUGCUAGGACUGCAUUACAGGGGCGCAAUAUAUAUGAUGGUUGCUGUCAGCUAGACAUUCAGUUCUCCAAUCUUGAUGAGUUACAGGUGAACUACAAUAACGAACGUUCAAGGGAUUUCACAAAUCCUAAUCUGCCUUCUGAACCAAAAGGCCGGUCAUCGCAACCUGGAUAUGGCGAUGCAGGUGGCAUGUAUGGAGUUCAAGCAUCUGGAGCAAGACCAGUCGCACUUCCACAGAUGGCCAAUGCAGCUGCUGUUGCUGCUGCAUUUGGAGGAGGUUUGCCACCUGGUAUUAGUGGGACAAAUGACAGGUGUACAGUCCUUGUGUCCAAUCUGAAUCCUGAUCAAAUUGAUGAAGACAAGCUUUUUAACCUUUUCUCCAUCUACGGUAACAUUGUAAGAAUUAAGCUUCUCCGAAAUAAACCUGAUCAUGCACUUGUUCAGAUGGGAGAUGGAUUCCAGGCGGAAUUAGCUGUGCACUUUUUGAAGGGAGCGAUGUUGUUUGGCAAGAGAUUGGAGGUUAACUUCUCAAAGCAUCCUAACAUUACGCAAGGGGCUGACACUCAUGAAUACGCCAACUCAAAUCUUAAUCGUUUUAACCGAAAUGCUGCGAAGAACUACCGUUACUGCUGCUCUCCGACAAAGAUUAUCCACAUUUCAUCUCUAUCCCAGGAAGUAACUGAAGAAGAAAUUGUGAAUUUACUCGAGGAACACAUGCCGAUUGUCAACACCAAGCUCUUCGAGAUGAAUGGGAAAAGGCAAGCACUCAUCAUGUUCGACACUGAGGAGCAGGCCACCGAGGCUCUUGUUUGCAAGCACGCUACUUCGCUUGGUGGGUCAAUCAUUCGCAUUUCAUUUUCCCAGUUGCAGACUAUAUGAAGUUAGUAAGGGAUUCGUAAUGCGAAUUUUAAAAAUGAAGAUGAUGGCGCAUAUUGUUUUGAUUCUUGUAACAAUUAAUUUGUGUUUGGAUUUCUUGUGGGAUUGUACUCUUUCUGCUUUGUUGUCUCAAUUCUUCUCUUCUCAUCUCAUCUCAUCUCUCUCUUCUCCCCUUGUGCUUGUUGAAAUCAUUCUUAGACGCCUUCCAACGGAGUUAGAUUUUGGUUUUAUGCUCAGUUUUGAAGAGAAUAGGAAGAAGGAAAGCUAACCUGCCUUUUUUUUUGAGUUGAGGAUAUCUUUGUUAGGUGGUAUGUACAUGGGCCUUGUAUUUUUUGGCAAGUCAGGCCAUUGGCUGUUGUAA